AUGCGCGUGCUGGCCCGAGGUUGCCUCGACAAAACUCUACGGCAAGGAAAACCACCAACACGUGCCAGGCUCACGCCAUUACAAUCACAGCAAGCCAUCGUCCCUCCACUGCGCUGCUACUCGUCCUCGGGAGAGCACAGCGAUGCUCGGCUUAGAGAAUUUGGACGCGCGAUCCAGGAUGACUUUGCCACAAUCAGGGACAAAUAUGACGCCCCAAAAUAUCCCAUUGUUCUCGCUCAUGGUCUGAUGGGCUUCGCCGAGCUGCGCUUGGCUGGUCGGUGGUUGCCGGGUAUUCAGUACUGGCACGGCAUAGGUGAUGCCCUGCGCAUGAACAAUGUCGAGGUGAUCACCACGAGCGUGCCCCCGUCAGGAAGCAUCCAGGACCGAGCUGCCAAGCUGGCCGAGGACAUCGCCAAAGCUGCAGGUCCAGGCAAGAGCGUCAACAUCAUUGCACACAGCAUGGGGGGGCUCGAUGCGCGGUACAUGAUCUCCAAGCUGCAACCACACAACGUAAAUGUCAAGUCCCUGGUGACGAUUGCGUCGCCUCAUCGCGGCAGUGCUUUUGCAGACUACCUUCUGCAACAAAUUGGCCCGGCGCGCCUCCCAAGCGUCUACAAGCUGGUUCGUGGCGUAGGCUUCGAUACGGGGGCCUUCAGCCAAUUGACCCGCAAGUACAUGAUGGAGGAGUUCAACCCCGACACGCCUGACGAUCCUCAAGUACGCUACUUCUCUUACGGAGCUGUAAGCUCCAUCCCGCCACUCCUCAGUCCUUUCCGGCAGCCACACCGGAUCAUAUCAGACGUCGAAGGCCCCAACGACGGGCUAGUCAGUGUCGAGAGCGCAGUCUGGGGUACCUAUAAGGGCACGCUGCUGAAUGUCAGCCAUCUUGAUCUCAUCAAUUGGACCAACAGAUUCAGGUGGACACUUCGGAAAUGGGCAGGCAUUGAUCCAAAAUUUAAUGCCAUCGCCUUGUAUCUUGACAUUGCAAACAUGUUAGCGAAUGAAGACCUCUAA